AUGGCGUCGCUGCCGUCGUCUGCUUCCCAUCAUCACCAUCCCAGCCGGCCUCGGCCUCGCAACCUUCAGCUCACCAGGAGCGCGAGCCACGAUCAGCCCCCUCCGGCCGCCGACCUCAAUCGACCUCUGCCCCCUCCUCCACCGCCACCACCAGCGACGGCGGCUGCUGAAACCUACGAGAUUCCAACUCUGCGCCGAAAACCCGUCCCCAACGAACCUCCGGACGCUGGAGCCGCAAAGCUCAACCACAGUCGCUCAUUCAGCCACCCAUUUCCCUCUAUUUUCGGUUCGAGGAAGACGGAGAAAAAGAAUAAACAUGGCGGCGACUUGGACGGCACACGGGAUGCGCGACAUGAAGAAGCCGGCAACAAGCACACAGCUGCUGAAGGCUCUUCGUCACGCGACGAUCGGCAGCCGGUGACGGGCAGAUGCAUGACUUGUGACUCGACUGUACGAUGGCCGCAAGGGCUCAAGGUCUUUCGUUGCACCACUUGUUUGACCAUCAACGACCUGGAAUUCAACCCGGAAAAGAGGCCGGAUGCCCAGGGCCCCGCGCCUCAACGCAAGAUCCUGCCAGUGUCGGUGGAGAGGACAAGAUCACUGCUUGAUCGUUGUCUCGUGCAGUAUCUCGAGUCUCGCGUGGGCCGAGAUGAGCCGUCCACCCCUGCUCGUCCGAUCCCAGGCGAGAAUGACACACCGGCCGACGAUUCGUUCCUGAUGGAGGGAUCUCCCCCCGAGGGUAUCCUCUAUAACCAGCUCACCGACGAACAGGACUCUCCACCGCCAUCUCCUCGUCCGCGUAUCAAUCCACGAAGCCCGUCCGAAGAGUCAACCCUGUCAACGCAUCACUCGGGUCGUAAUGCUGGCCCAGCCUUCGUUCAGGGUCAGUCAACUGACCCUUUUUCCUCCACCACCUCACCGCCGAUUAGGCAUCGUGACGCGAGGGCCUAUCAGCUAUCGGAAACUGGCCCGACAACCAGUUCUAAUUCCGGUCCCAGGUGGGAUAUUUUCUACCUGGUUGAGGAUUAUAUUGCUAGCUGCUUUGUCGGGUGUGCCGUCUUGAACCAUUCAUUCCUCACGCCCAGGCCACCACAAGAGCCCAACCUGAAGCCUCGAUCGAGCUCAGGGACGCGACAAAGGCGGCAAUUAUCUGAUAAUAUUUCGGCUCCGAGUUUCGACAAUGAUGUGUUUCUCUCCGAGCUUGACGCCAAAACCCUACUGCUUGGAGAUGUUGCAGAGAAUGGCUCGUGGUGGCUGGGCGCUCCGGGCGGACGAGUGGCGACAGGCAAAGAUGUCAAUCAUCAAAGAGACAAAUCGCCCGACAAAAACCGCUCUUCAGCAAGUGCACGACACCACAGGAUUAACUGGCUUGAACUAGCCGAAUGGUAUCGGCUCAUUAUAUAUGCAGGGGACCUUUGGGAACAGAGAUGGCACGAACUAUUGCCGAAACUCUCGGACGCGAGAGCCCAGCAAUAUUGGCGUUCCACUCCUUUGGAAAGCCUUCAGCGAGAUAUCAUCGAGUCGCGGAUACACUUGCAGCGAAGUCUGCUCAAAGUGUCCGAGAACCUACUGAAGCGCCCAAGGCAGCCGCUGAAGCAUGCAGAGGAUUGUCGUUUCCUACUGAUUCUUCUGGCAAACCCACUGCUGACCCCAGCACGACUCGAGGCCGGAAAGAUGUUCGGGACGACGAUGCCCCAUCCACCCAUCCCUGCCGCAAGACUGCAGGUCGAGGGGAGAACGCGCGACUCGCCUUCCAAGCGUAUCCCCAGCAGCGGCAGACGACCAGGAAGCCUAGGCCACCACUCUGGCAUCAUCAAGCGAAUUCUAGGUCUGAUGGCCAAUCUUUCCAAUGAGAACCAUCAGUAUCUGGUCUCCUGGUUUUCCAGGUAUGCGGAUGGUCACUUUCAGCGGACGGUGGAGAUGGUGGGCAGUUUCGUCACAUAUAGGCUGUCAAGGCAGCAGAAGAACCCCGUGCACGAACCUGUAAAUCCCACGGAAGGGCUUGUUCCCAGCUUCUCUGAUUCUGGCAUGCAUCACGCAUCCCAGAUCCAUGCCGCCCUUGGAGGUUACAGGCCUGCGUCCACAGCCACAGGCAAGACCCAGGAAAAGCCCAAGUUGACUGCCUAUGGCGAAGACUGGCAGAUCCGCGUCGCUGCACGGGUCAUGGCUCUGCUGUUCCAAGCGAAUGUGGGUCAUGUUGCGCGGAAGAGGGAUGCCUCUGCGGCACAUGAGCAAAGACUGCACAGCCCAGGCCUGAAUGCGAAAUAUCGAGCGUAUAUGCACGGCCAGAUUGUCCCGAUCAGCAACUUCUACAACACGAUGCUGGACUAUGCCGAUCUCGUGGCUGACUUCGAGACCUGGGAGAAUACCAAGACCAAGUUUACCUUCUGUCAGUAUCCCUUCUUCCUCAGCAUUUACGCCAAGAUACAUAUUCUCGAGCACGACGCCAGGAGACAGAUGGAAGUGAAGGCAAGGGAAGCCUUUUUCGACAGUAUUCUUAGCCGCAGAGCUGUGAGUCAAUAUCUGAUACUCAAGGUUCGACGCGACUGCCUGGUGGAGGACAGUCUUCGUGGCGUUUCAGAGGUCGUCGGGUCAGGGGGAAGCGAGAUCAAGAAAGGUCUGCGCAUCGACUUCCAAGGAGAAGAGGGCGUCGAUGCAGGGGGUCUGCGCAAAGAGUGGUUCCUGCUACUGACCAGGGAAAUCUUCGAUCCCUAUCAUGGAUUGUUCGUCUACGACGAUGACUCACAAUACUGUUAUUUCAAUCCCUUCUGCUUCGAAUCAUCCGAGCAGUUCUUUUUGGUCGGCGUGCUGCUAGGACUGGCCAUCUACAACUCGACCAUUCUGGACGUGGCCUUUCCACCUUUUGUGUUCAAGAAGAUGUUGGCUUCAGCACCUUCGACGGGAGACAAGUUAACAUCUACACCCAAAGUCGCCCAUGGUUACGCAUUGGAGGACUUGGCCGAGUUCCGGCCCGUCCUCGCCAAGGGUCUCAGGCAACUCCUCGAAUUCGAGGGAGACGUCGAGGCAACCUUCUGUCGCGAUUUUGUUGCGGAAAUGGACCGCUAUGGGGAAAUCGUCCAGGUCCCACUGUGUCCCGGCGGCGAGAAACGAGCAGUCACCAACUCCAACCGAAGAGAAUUCGUGGAUCUAUACGUGCACUAUCUGCUUGACACGGCGGUGGCGCGACAGUAUGAACCAUUCAAGCGUGGCUUUUUCACCGUCUGCGGUGGCAACGCGCUUUCACUAUUUCGACCAGAAGAGAUUGAGCUGCUCGUCCGCGGGUCCGAUGAGCCCCUUGACAUUGCCAGCUUGCGCGCUGUGGCGACGUAUGAAGGCUGGCCCAAGGCCGAAGGGCCCCCUGAGCAGCAACCCCAGGUGAUAUGGUUCUGGGAGUUCUUCGCCCGGGUGUCUCCUACGGAUCAACGAAAGAUAUUGAGCUUCAUCACGGCCAGCGAUCGCAUCCCGGCCAUGGGUGCCACGAAUCUUGUUAUCAGAAUCCAGCUGAUCCGCGAGAAGGAAGAGUUUGACUUGUUUGGAGCGCCUGCGAACAAACCGAGCGAGCGUUUUCCCAUUGCAAGGACGUGCUUCAAUACGCUGAGCUUGUAUCGGUAUGCUUCGAGGCAAAAGCUGGAGGAGAAGCUGUGGACCGCGGUGCAAUGUAGUGAGGGCUUCGGAUUAAAAUGA